AAUUAAUUGACACGAGAAUUAAAAAAAAAAAAAUGAGUCAUCGAAAAAAGUUAAUGCAAGAUAUAUGAAUGUCGUCAUGUGGAAGGGAAAAGACAAUUUCUUGUUUAUAAUGCAUCACAUACCAAAUGAAUAUAUAGAAACAGGACAGUCGUAAGAUGACGUGAAACUUUGCGGGAGUCUACAAGCCAAAACUAACAGUGUUGAUUCAUUUUGAGAGUUAAAUUAAUCAACAGCAAGUGUAUUAUAAAUCACCUUGAACAAUCACAAAUGAUGUACAAUUUAUGACGUAUCUAUAUAUUUCUCAUUUCAUUUGGUAUUUUAUUGAUAAUAAAUUUAACUUGUCAUAUUUUAAUUUAAUUAAUAAUGAAAAUGGACGAUGAUCUAGUCAAUCUUCUUGAAGAUUUAAUAAAAUUUUUAGAAUGCCUGUGUGAAAUUAAUUUACCAAAUGAUAUUGAAAAUAAAAAAAAUGAACUUUUACAAAGAACAAAAAAAAAUUUUGAUUUACAAAAUCAAUGUUCAGUAUCAACAUAUUUAAAUAUGAGUGCUGGAAAAGGAAAAGGUUUAAUGCUUAUUAGUGAUAAUACUGAUAAUAAUGAUGAAAAUAUUACAGAAUAUAUUGAUCCAGAAAAUAAAUCAAAUACACCAACAAGUCAAGGAUAUUAUGAAUGUUUUCCAGUAAUUAAAAAUUCAACAGAAACAUUGAUUAAUGAACAAAUUGAUACUGAUGAUAUAUUGGUUAAAUUAUAUAGUAGUUUUUCAACUGAAUUAACUAAAAGUAAAUGUUACAAAUGUGGUCCACUAUUACAAAAAGAAGAACGUAAAUUUAUUGGUUUUAAUUUUGAGCAUCUACGUUCAUGUUGGCUUGGCUUGGUUGGCACACAUUUGUUGGUAUACUCAAGUAAAGUUGAAAAACAACCAAGUGAAAUAUAUUCAAUACGUGGUUAUUUAUCACGUGCAGCACCAAAUGCAACUCCACGUGAUCCAGAACGUGGUAAAUCAGCAUUUGAAGUAUUUUCACCUGGUAAUAAAACACUUGUAUUUAUUGCAAGAUCACCAAAAGAUAUGAAACAAUGGGUAGAAGCAAUUUGUCAAUUAAGUUGUAUACAAAAUGAACAAACAGAUAAUAUAAUUGAAUCAAAUAUAUCUGAUAAUACAAUAUCUGAUGAACAAUAUCAAGAUAUUGAUAAUACAAAUGAAAAUAUUAUAAUUAAUGAAAAAAAAAUGAUCCAUAAUCAAGACAAUGAUGAAAUUAAUAAAAUAAAUAAAUUUGAUGAUACAAUAAUUAUUCCAACAAGAGUACCACGUAGAUUACCAUCUAUACCACAUGAAAAAUCAUUAUCAUAUGAACAUCUUGAUGAUGCUUAUGAUGAUGAUUGUAUUUAUCAUAAAAUUGAUGAUUUACGACAACCAGUAAUUUCAACAUAUAAAAAUUUAAAUAAAACACAAGAAUUAUCAUUAAAAAUAUUAUCAAAAAAUAAAAAAUUAAUAAAAAAUAAUGAUAAUAAUAAUAAUGAUAAUAGUAAUAAUAAAAUUGAAAUAAAAAAUAAACAAAAAAAUGAAAAAUUAAUUGAUAUAUCACAAAAAAAAAAAUCAAUAUUUAGUAGAAUUAAAAAAGAUUUAGAUAUAUCACCAAAAAAACAACAAAUUGAUAAAAAAAAUAAAAAAGAUAAUAAAAAUAAAAUUAAAGAUAAUGAAAAUUUAUUUGAUAAUAAAAUUAUUAAUAAAGAAUUUGAAUUAUCAAAUUAUGAUGAUGUAUCUGAUAUAAAAAUUACUAAUAAUUAUGAAAAAAAAAAUGAUGGUGAUGAUGAUGCUGCUGAUGAUGAUGAUGUUAAAGAAAAAGAACAACAAAAUAAUUAUACAUGUCCACCAGCACCACGUCCAAUUAGUAUUAAUAAAUUAAAUCAUAAACCAGAUGAUGUAUAUGAUGACAUUGGUGAAUUACGAAAUAGUGAAAGAGUUGAAUCAUCAUUAUUUAUUAAAGAAGAAAUUUUAAUAUCAAAUGAUGACGAAGAACAUUAUAAAGUACCACGUAUACAUGAAACAAUUGACCCUGGUCAAUUGAUUAUAAAAAAUGAUGAAGAAUUAUAUGAUGAUAUUGCUAUUCUCACUGAAUUUCGUGCUAGAAAAAGAUAUUCUGAAUGUUCAUCAUUAUCAUCAUUAUCAAUAACAACAGAUAAUAAAAAUGUUGUUAAAGUAUGGAAUAGAUUUUCUAGUGGUAAUAAAAAUAUUAAAGCAUCAUCUGAUAAUAAUUUGGCUGAAAGUAAAACAAAUAUUAAUAAAAAUAAUAAUGUGAUUGAAUCUGAUGAAGACGAUGAUGAUGAUGAUGAUGAUAAUGAAACAUUUAAACUAAAUAAAUUUCAAAAACUAAUUAAUAAAAUGGAAUAUUCAUUGAGUAAAUCAAAACCAUUAACAAUUAUUAAUAAAAGCGAUAAUAUAUAGACUAAUUAUAUAUUUUUUUUUUUAUAUAUAUUUUACUGCACAAUAAAAUUUAUUUGAUAAUAACAAUAUUUAUUUUUAUUACUGUAUUUUCAUCAUUUACAAAUGUAUUAUUAUUAUUAUUUUAAAUCGAAAAAAAAAAUAUCAAUAUCAUAGUAUGAUUAAUUAUUUUAUUUGUCCAUUUUAAAACAUUACCAAUUAAAAGUCCUCUACGGCUUGCAUUGUUGGUGGUAAAUUUAAACGAUCUGUUGUUUUUGUGGAACCAAAAACAGGAUUUCCAAUUUUUUUACCUGAGAUUGGUACAAUAUUAAGAUUGUUAUUAUUAGCACCAAUAUGAUCAUAAUUAAAA